AUGCUCAACAAGAUCCUGCUUUCACUUGAUGACUUUGUCACACUUUUGGAUUUUAUGAGAGAUUUCUGUCAAUGCACUUACAAAAACAUCCUGUACAUUCAAAACACUUGCUUCUGUGCUUUGAGUGGGGACUACCCUAGAAUACAUGUCCAUCACAUUCAUCACAGGCCAAUCAUUUUAUCUCAUGUGUAA